AGGGUACCUGAUCUCUACUCAUCGGUGACGAGGUUAACUGGAAAUUGUACAGUACUAAAUAGAUAUCAACAUCAGGAGAACAUGCUGCGUGUUGCCGGGACCCUUCACCCUAUAGACGUGCGAUGCCGGAGGUUUGUGGCGGCUAACAGGUAUGACCUGGCCGAGACGGGGUACGGCCGAGCCCUUCUGGCCGCCAUGUCUGAUAUGGACAGGCUGCAGGAAGUGGAGGUACUGAAGAGCCUGGGAGACUUGAACGUUGAGAAAGGAAAACUCCACAAGACCGAAGCUCCACGCAACUUAGAGCGGGGCUUGAACCUGUACAGGGCCGCGCUGCUCCGCUGUGAGGACCCGGGGGAAGGCGAGUCUCUCCAACAUAGGGUCAAACUCGCCGAGAAACCUGGACAGAAAGCACCCAUUGCUAGCUCAUUCAAUGACACAAUUACUUCUGUUGCAAGGACUUCAGAAAUUUUUCAAAACUUGGAUAAGAAAUUGGCUAGAGGUGGCCAUAUGGACUCCAUUUUAGAUGGUUACACGAAGAUUCUUGUGAAAGGGAUAGUGGAGAGGGGCAAUCUGUUAGAAGUAGAAGCUAUAAAAAGUCUUGGAGACGUCAACCUUAAGAAAGGAAGAGACUUAAAGGAGCCCAGGCAUUUGACCAAGGCUACAGCCCUGUACAGCACAGCCCUGGAGCGAUGUGACGAUCCACAUGGGAAAACCGUCCUCACACAUCGCUUACUGCACGCAGCAAAAGUUAGGAGGGACAUGGAGGAAAGAAGGAGACGGAUGAUCCUGAGAGGCAAAAGCAGGAGCAAGUGGCUAUCAUCUGGACCAAACAAGGUCCCUUCCACUAUUUUUCAAGGUUAUACCCUUCCAACAGUAGAUAAAUUAAGUGUGUGCACAGACCAGCUACAGGAAGGCUGCAGGACCCUGCAGACAGGGGACCUGGACACGGCAGAACGGAACUUUGCAGCUGCGCUCAAGGCCGUUCAUGUGAAACAUGCAACUACUGACCAAUGCGAAAAGGAGGUGGAGCCUUUGUGUAAACUAAGCGAUAUCUACCUGGAAAGAGGAAAGCAGUCAAAAGACGGAAGUGACUUCACCAAGGCUGCAGCACUCCGUAAUGCCGCGCUGGUCAGAGCAAGGACAGAAGACAGAGAUGGCAUCAAACAAACGAUCCUAAGAACUAGUCAGCUAUUUGUUAAACACGUGCUUGGGAUCGCACAAGAUGUGGAGAAAAAAGACACAGAAAAACACAAAUCAAUACUAAAGAAAGAUCGAGAGCAGGUAGAAGAAGAGAUGAAAAAAAACGAGCAGGAGAUCGAUCCUUAUAGUCUUGACGACGAUGAUCCAGAGAUAAGAGAAGUAGAGAAGAAGAGAGUGGAAGCGAUUAUGACACUGUUCCAAUCCAUUGUUGAACAGAGAAAAACAUUCAUAUCUGCCCUUGUAGAUGAAUGUAUGGGGGCAAUGGGCCCCCCUCCCUGUAAGUACGCAAUGAUAGGCAUGGGUUCACUGGCCACAGGGUUAGUAACGCCAUACUCUGAUCUGGAGUUCGCCAUCCUGAUAGAGGAGGAAACAAGGAGCAACGUCGAGUAUUUCCGCAACCUCACUCAUUAUCUGCAUCUCAAAGUUAUUAACUUGGGAGAAACCAUUCUCCCGGCAAUGGCGAUUAAGUCGUUUAUUGAUUUUUCCAAAGACCCCCCGAACAACUGGUUCUAUGACUCUGUAACGCCGCGCGGGUUCGCGUUCGACGGAGCCAUGCCGCAUGCAUGUAAGACUCCACUGGGAAGAGGUGCGACACUUGAACUUAUCCACACACCGCGAAAUAUGACCAGAAUCAUGCAAGACGACUUAAACUUUUAUUUAGAGAAAGGGUACCAUGUCGCAAGUAUAUUGGGGAAUGUGUGUUUAAUCACAGGAGAGCAGAACUUGGUAGAUGUGUUUUCCACUCUAUGGACUCAGCACCUCCAGAGAGGUAAAAUAGUAUCUGUGUUACAGGCAUUGAGCAUAAUAACCGAAGAUGUCAAUUUCCAAAUGAUAACAUCUACAGUGCCAUCAUCUAGCCUGCUCAAUGUAAAGAAAGAAAUCUAUAGAUUCUCGACCCUGGCAGUGUCGUGUUGGGCACUACUCUGUGGUAUACAACCCACCACAAUAUGGGAGACUAUUCAGAACAUGAACAAGAACGGAGUCAUCAACAGUGAAAACGCGCAUCACUUGAUGGUGCUGGUCAGCAUCUCAGCAGAACUGAGGCUGCGGACAUACAUGAACAACCGUGGUCAGGUGGAGAACAUGUCAGCCUUGUCAUACAUGCCUGUUAACACAGAUAUCGGGGAGAAGUUAAGGAAAGUGUUUUACCUCUCCAAUACAAAGCAACUGAUGAGGUACUAUUACACAGCAACACCAUUAAGAGUAUUAAUUUCACAGCUUAUCAUCAAACUUCACCCUACGUCGGCAAGAUCUCCUAUCCUGUUUGACAACUCACGUAAGAUACAAGCAGUGGUUUAUGCAAGUCUGUGUGAGUACGACAAAGCAAAAUCAUGCAUGGAAUGGGUGCUACAGGAUGAGGUGUCUAAACAUGAUCGAGGAACUGCACAUCCUGAUAUCGCCAACUCACUAGGCCAGUUGGCUUCAUCCUGUAUGAACCUUGGCCAACACAGAAAGGCCGUCGAAUAUUAUGAAAAAUCACUACAUAUGAAACGUAGUAUCCAUGGUGAGAACACUGAACAUCCUGACAUCGCCGGGUCACUUAAUAACUUGGGUAUGGCCUAUUUGUAUGUUGGUGAUCACAGGAAGGCCGUCGGCUAUAAUGAACAGGCACUACAGAUGUGGCGGGGUAUCUGUGGUGAGGACACUGAACAUCCUGACAUCGCCAAGUCACUCGGCAACUUGGGUGCCUUGUGGAACCACGGCGAUCACGAAAAGGCCAUCAGCUAUUAUGAACAGUCACUACAGAUGAAGCGGAGACUCUAUGGUGAGAACACUGUACAUCCUGACAUCGCCAAGUCACUCGCCAACUUGGGUAACUGCUGGAUGCAGAGUGACAUUGCUGAUCACAGAAAAGCCGUCAGCUACCAUGAACAGACACUGGAGAUGGAGCGGAGUAUCUAUGGUGACACUGCACAUCCCGAAAUUGCUAUUUCACUUAACAACUUGGGUCUUGCCUGGAGGAACCUUGCUGAUCACAGAAAGGCCGUCAGCUAUUGUGAACAGUCACUGAAGAUGUGGCGGGCUAUCUACGGUGAGGAUACUGCACACCCUGAAAUCGCCGGGUCAAUAAAGAACUUAGGCGCCGCCUGGAUGGACCUUGGUGAUCACAGAAAGGCCCUCGAAUAUAUUGAGCAUUCCUUACGGAUGGAGCGGAAAUUCUUUGGUCAGAAAACUCCACAUCGUAACAUCGUCGCGUCACUUAACAACCUGGGUGUUGUCUGGAAGCACCUUGGUGAUCUCAGAAAGGCCGUCAGCUAUUUUGAACAGUCACUAAAGAUGAAAAGGUCAAUAUAUGAAAGGCCCUCAGGUAUUUUGAACAGGCAUUAA